CGCACGGGGAGUCAGUGUCGCGUGGCGUGUGUCUCCAUCUCGUCUCCUGCACUGAAAACUUCUGAUACUGGAAACAAGCUCUUGUUUUAUUCCUUCCUUCAAGUGUCCAACUGUCAUCGCUGUUGUGAUUGUCGAUUGUUGAUUUUUUUAAAUACUGAAAACAAAUGAAGCGAGAAGAAACGCGAGGAGGAGGUAUAGAAGAAGUGACAGCGGUCUCUCCAUCACACACACCCCCCCCCUCCUUUUUUCUCUCAAUUCUCUGAGCGCAAACGAGAGAUGAAAAGCUGCCGAUGAGCGAACGCUAAGUACCGGCCAUGGCUGCCCAUCGAAUCAUCCGAGUAACAAACAACAACCACAUCCUCCCUCGCUGCAAGUCUGAGGGGACACUCGUCGACCCGAGUGAGGGGGUCACCGGGGCCAGUCUCGGUGAUGUCAAAGUGCCUUCUCCCAGUGCCUUAAGGCUGGACACUUCCUCCUCCUAUGGGGCUGCACAGGAAGUGGUUGCCAUAAAAGAUUAUUGCCCCAGCAGUUUCACAACGCUAAAGUUCUCCAAAGGCGAUCGCCUCUAUGUGUUGGACACAUCGGGUGGAGAGUGGUGGUACGCUCACAACAACACAGAGAUGGGGUACAUACCAGCUGCCUACGUUCAACCAGUCAACUUCAGGAACUCUUCGCUUAGCGACAGCGGGAUGAUCGACAGUCUUGGGGAAGGGUACGAGGACGGGUCCAAGGAGUUUGGGGGUUUGGGGGAGUGGACAGGAAUGAGCCUGACGUCUUCACUAGUUUACAACAACAACCCCUUCUCUGUGAACCCCUUUAGCUGUACAUUAGAUCAAAACCACAAAGCUGUCGGAACAAGGAACUCGGCAGACCUUAUUCUUUUUGACGCUCUCGCAUCACCUUCAUCUUGUUCUAACAUCAAUGGUUUCAGCAACUACCAUGUUAACAAUGCUAUCCCCACCUGCCCAAACCAAGAGAUUGUACCUAACCUUCAAAGGGAUAAUCCCUUUUUCAGGAGUAAACGUUCUCAUAGUCUGUCAGAACUGUCUGUUCUGCAGGCACAAUCUAAUCCAACUUUACCAUCUUCUGGAUUCUUUACUGGCCUUAAGGCUCCUUCCCCAGAGCAGUUUCAGAGCAGGGAGGAUUUUAGAACUGCUUGGUUGAACCACAGAAAACUAGCCCGGUCUUGCCAUGACCUCCAAUCCUUGGGCCAGAGUCCCGGGUGGGGCCAGACACAGCCGGUGGAAACCAACAUUGUGUGUAUGUUGGACAGUAAUGGAGGGGUUGUCCAAAUUCCAGACACCCAUAUCAGCGUGCACAUUCCUGAGGGUCAUGUCAGCCAUGGAGACCAUCAGCAGAUCUCAUUGAAAGCCUUACUUGACCCUCCAUUGGAGCUUAACACUGACCACUGCUCCUCUGUGAGUCCCGUGGUGGAGAUAAAGCUCAGCAACAUGGAGACCAAGUCCUUCAUCACGCUGGAGAUGAAGGUUUCAGUUACUGUGAAGAAGGAUAGUUGUCAAACUGCUGAAGUGCUUUGUGUUCGCAGUGAUUGCAAAGAAGGGCCUUACGCUCCAAUCGCCAAUGCCUACAUUUACAAGGACACCGUUCAGGUGCAGUUGGAAAGUCUAGAGCCCUGCAUGUAUAUGGCUGUUGUGGUUCAGUCUCAGUUCCUCAACCACAAUACAACUGUUUGGGACUAUGUGCAGAGGAAAGUAACUCUGGGUGUCUAUGGACCCAAGCACAUACACCCUUCCUUCAAGACGGUUGUGGCCAUGUUUGGGCACGACUGUGCCCCCAAAACCUUGCUGGUAAGUGAGGUGGGUCGGCAGGCUACCUCAACUCCACCAGUUGCCCUCCAGCUGUGGGGUAAGCACCAGUUCAUGCUAGGAUACCCUCAGGACCUCCAAGUGGGAUUGUACUCGAACAUGUCAAACUACCAGGUGAAAGCAAGCGAGGGCCGUGGGGUGAUUCGCGGAUUUCAGGUCAAACUGGGGAAGGUCAGCAGGCUGCUGUACAUGAUAACAUCGCAGAACCCCAACAGUAUCUCAGACUUUACUCUCAGGGUUCAAGUCAAGGACGCCCUUGAUUGUAUCAUCACCCAGUUCUGUGUCCAAACUCCACAGCCUCCCCCAAAGUCAGGGGCGAGGAUAACAGGUCAGAGACGGUUCUUGAAGAAAAAAGAGGUGGACAAGAUUGUCCUCUCACCACUGGCGAUCACCUCGAAGUACCCAAGGUUUCAGGACCGGUGUAUUACUCACCUGAAAUUUGGCAAGUUGAUCAAAACAGUAAUCAGGCAGCACAAGAGCACCUAUUUGUUGGAGUACAAGAAAGGGGAUGUUAUUGCUUUGCUCAGUGAGGAGAAAAUCAAAUUGCGAGGACAGCUGCGGACCAAAGAAUGGUACAUUGGAUACUAUCAGGGGAAGAUGGGGCUCGUCCAUGCCAAGAAUGUUUUGGUACUGGGUAAAGUCAAGCCCAUUUAUUGGUGUGGUCCUGACCUAACGACCACGGUUCUGCUGGAACAAAUCCUGAAGCCUUGCAAAUUUCUUACAUACAUCUACGCAACUGUGAGGACUGUUUUAAUGGAGAACGUAGGGAACUGGCGGGCGUUCGCCGACGCCCUGGGCUACGGGAAUUUCACAUUGAAUUACUUUUGCCGGACAGAGCUGGACAAUGAGCCGGAGAAGGUGGCGUCGGUUCUGGAGAAACUCAAAGAGGAAUGUACCAAUAUGGAGAACAAGGAGAGGAAGUCCUUCCAGAGGGAACUCAUGAUGGCGUUGCUGAAGAUGGACUGCCAGGGCCUGGUUGCCAGGUUGGUCCUGGAUUUUGUCUUGUUGACCACAGCGGUGGAGGUGGCGUCCCGGUGGAGGGAGCUGGCCGAGAAACUGGCGCGAGUGUCGAGGCAGCAGAUGGAGGCUUACGAGGCUCCACACCUGGACAAGAACGGACUGCUGGACAACGAGUCCAUGUGGAAGCCGGCGUACGACUUCCUCCUGACGUGGGCGGCGCACAUCGGGGACAGCUACCGCGACAUCAUCCAGGAGCUUCACCUCGGCCUGGACAAGAUGAGGAACCCCAUCACCAAGAGGUGGAAGCACCUCACCGGCACGCUCAUCCUCGUCAACUGCCUGGACACCCUGCGUGGCGCCGCCUUCUGUCCCACCGGAUACGGAGACUUUGCUGUCUGAAUGUUAUUAUUCUAUUAUUUUUUAAAAGUGCAUGAGGAUUUUUACCUGGAUCUAUUUUCUGAGAUCACUAAGCAUCUGUCCUGGACAUGAUGACUUAAGAUGAUAAUUAGACUGUUUGGGAAACGUGAGUGUAUUUUAUACCUCUACUUUAUUUCCCCUUCACCUUCUUUUUCUGUCUGACUUCACUUCCCAAGAAGAAACGUUGUUCUUGUUUUGUCUUCAUCUCCCGUCGUACACGGCUAAAGUUUCUCCUUUCAGUCUCCGACCGUGUUCAGAAUGUCACUUUCCAAUUAAAGGUUUGUAUGUUU